AUGCUCCAUUCAACAUUGGCCUUGUCCCUCCUGCUAAUUGCAGUGUCUUCCAACCUUGCAAUGGCAAUCAAGAAGGAAAAAAGAGCACCUCAGACACUGUCAAGAGGGUGGGGAGAUGAAAUUACCUGGGUACAAACUUAUGAAGAAGGGCUUUAUCAAGCAAAAAAAAGUAACAAGCCACUGAUGGUAAUUCAUCAUUUGGAAGACUGUCAAUACUGCCAAGCACUGAAGAAAGCUUUUGCAGAAAAUGAAGAGAUACAGGAAAUGGCCCAAAAUAACUUCGUUAUGCUGAAUCUCAUGCAUGAAACCGCAGAUAAAAACCUGUCACCUGAUGGACAAUAUGUGCCUCGAAUCAUGUUUGUAGACCCAUCUCUCACAGUAAGAGCUGAUAUCACAGGAAGAUACUCCAACCGGCUUUACACUUACGAACCACAAGACAUACCAUUCUUAAUAGAGAACAUGAAGAAAGCACUACGCCUCAUUCAGACAGAACUGUAA